AUGGCCCAGGAGGCCUAUAAAGCCCUAGAAGUUAAGGAAGCCCAAGAGUUCCCAGAUGCCCAGGAUGUCUCAGUUGCCCAGAAGCCCCAGAAUUCAGAGCACCAGUAUCUUCCAAGUUCCCAGAAGCCUCAGGAAGUACCAGAAUGCCAAGAAACCUCAAUGCAUCUGCAGCUCCUUAAGACUCCAACUGUCCAGGAGUCUCUGGAACCUAGAGUGCUCCAGAAGCCCCUAGAUCCUUUAGAUGCCCAGGAAUUCCUAGAGCACUCAGCACCCCAGGAGUCCCUCAAGGGUCUAAUAGCUGCUUUGACAUCAGCAGGUGCAGAGUUCCCACAGUUCCCCAGUGGGUUAGAGGCUGAAGCUUCCUCCCUAGAAUACUGUUUAGCCUUCAGUGGAGAUGCCCAGAAGCUUUCUGAGUUCCUGGUUCAAUAUCCUGCUGAAGCAGCUGUGGUGAGCUGUGUUGGCAAGUGCUUCUCAGAUGAGGCAGGAAUGUGAUUUCAGCCCCUACUAAAUAUACAAAGCCCCCUGCUGGAGCAAUUUAAAAAUUUCAUACAAGUGCUCCAUGAUACUUUUGACACUGAAAAAAACAUGGAAGAUGCCAGUCACUGCAUCCAUCAUCUCUGCCAAGGCGAAGAUCCUGCCUAUCAUUAUGUGACCCACUUCCAUCUCAUUGCUCAAGAGCUAAAGUGGAAUGAAAGCAUUCUCUGCAUCCAAUUGCAGGAAGGGCUUGACAGUUCUAUCCCAGAUGAAUCGUCUCACACAAGCCCAGCAACUGUCCUAUCUAAUCUGAUCACUCAAUGCCUAGAAAAUAAGCUAAAUGGUAAGUCUGAUCCAAAUACACAAAGAGAAAGUCCCUCUGAGGACAGACCUGGGCCUGAGAGUUCACUAGCUGAAAACCAGCCUGUGCAAGCUGCAAACAAUUGUCCACACUUCAGUGAAGCUGAAUGGGCCCACAGCUAUGAAGGCCACUUAUGCCUUUAUUGUGGUCAUCCUGAUCAUGUUGCCAGAGAUUGUCCUCUCAAGCUUCAUCAUGCAGAGCAGGCAGGAAACAUUGAGGUCUGGAAGUAA